UGUCGUACUAAUAGAUACAAAAAUAGUUUUAUUCCAGCAAUGUGCUUUGAGUUAAUGAACAAACUUCAAUGAUAGUUUAAUUAGUUGUAUAUUAUAUAUAUAUAUUUUAGUUAUAUAUUAUAUAUAGAUUUUAAUAUUUUAGAUAAUUUAUUGAAUUUAUGUAAACAUAUCAUAAUUCAUUGUAUUAAUGCCAAGAUAUGUGAAUAAACCAUUUAUUAUUAUUAUUAUUAUUAUAAGCUUUUCUGUAUUUGACAUUUCUCAUUCCAUAGAUGAAAGCAUUUACAAUCGAGUUUAUUCCAUAAAUUUCAGAAUGAAAAACUAUAGGUACCAAAUCUGACGGCAUGACUCACUACAAAAAAACUCUAUCGCUAACCCAACCACAGUUGCAUGGAGUGAAGACACAGAAAGCCAGCACCACGGCAACAAUGAAAAUGUAUUUGCUGCUUUCAAACCGACGAGGAGACGAAAUAUUCCGAUCAGUUUUUUGGGCGACUGUUCAUUGGAAGUGUUAACGGUCAGCUUUUCUUCAGCCAAGAUUCGUUGUCGUUGUUUCCGAGCAACAUUUAAAAUUUGGAAAUUGAGAAUAAAUAUUAGAAUAAGUGGAACACAGACAAUAAAUAUUCACAUAACCAAGAAAAAGUUGUCAGAUAUGAAGAUGCAGAACUGAAGCUUCUUUAUUUAAAGUCAAAUCUGCUAAGAUGAACUUGUAAGAUAAUGAAAAGACAACAGGCAGUUAACCAGAUUCCCACAAUAGCUACAAAAACUCGUCGACGUGUCACAAUCAGAGGAUACUUGAGAGGUUUUACAAUAUAUAAAUAACGAUCAACAGUAAUUGCGAGAAGUAUUUGCCAGUGAAGCGAACAGCAAUGACCAGAUAGUGGUUUAACUUAACUUACCAAAUAUGUUCUGAUCACUAUCAAUGUCCAAUAUGGUCUGUACAAACUCAAUUAUCCAUAUUGGAUAAAAUUUUAAACACAAUUCGAUUUAAAUUCCCAGGGGCCUAAAAUCUUUUAUGCUUAAGAAUUGUAAAGUGAUUUCUUAGGAAAUUCCGAGGUUGCGUUUUUUUUAUACACCCUGUAUAAGCCGUGUUUACACUACGAGCCUAAGCCUGGCCUAGGCCUAGCUUUGGACUAGAUUUUUGUAGUGUAAGCGUACUUUGGGCCUGGCCUAGGUUAGGAAAUGUGGAACACCUGUUCUGAUGGCCCAGAGUUCCUGACCUAGGCCAGGUCGAAGUGCAUUUACACUACAACUAGAAAAUACAUGCAUGCAGAAACCCUCGCCUUGCUGACAAAACCAUUAUAUUUUCCGAACAUGAAGUAUCUAAAGUAGUUGUCAUGAUAACACGAUAAUUUUUUAAGAAUAUUCUUACAAAUGAAAAAUCGCCUAAAAAUAUCACUUUUAAUUACAAAAUUAUUAAUUUCCCAACAUAUAUAUGUCAGGUAUGUUAUUAUACGUAAUAUAAUCCUCAAUUAAUUUUAUGGUAAAAUUCAACCACAAACGCUUCGCAAAACGUUUUAAAGUCACUAGUGUUCUUUAUAAAACUAAACUGCAUGCCUUUUAAAAUGGCUUUAUCGAUAAACUUUGAGUUUGCAAUAAAAUGAUUUAAAAUUCUCGCUUGCAAAUAACUUUGCUUUCUUUUUUAUUUAAUCAAUAUCAUAAAAAAGGAAUCAACAUUAUAUAUACACUGAAAUUAUAUGCGGUCUUGUUUAGUUGUUUCAUAUUCAUACACAAAGGCAGUCGGGUUUUAAAUCCAUUAAAAAAUCAAUAUUUAAAACCAACUUACCUUCGUUAACGCCGGCUCCUUUCUUUUAGCCGAUUCUUUCGCAGUUUCUUUCUGAGAGGGCUUUUGAAAUUUACAAAAUCUUGCAAAAAUGCGGGCAAAAAUGAAAUAUAUUUGCAAGAAAUUUAUCAAUCAUCAAAUCAAGAAAUGUUUGCUAUUUCGCUGUCGUCAUGCAGUUGUUAUAAUGCAAACUUUAAAUUGGACCAAUCAGUGUCCGCUAUUCGUGACAGUCCGCCAUAUUUUUGAGAUCAGUGAGGAUGACCACCCAUUGUUGAUGACCACCCACGCCCGCGAUAAUUGAUGAACUUUAGACUUCGCUAAAGCUUUCGUUUCCCCGGGUGCAAAUGUCUGUAAAUAGCCGGUGAGAAAUUAGUACCCUCGCACGGCGCUUCGCGCCGUCGGCUGGGGGAAAAUCUAGUCCAAAGCUAGGCCUAGGCUCGUAGUGUAAACACGGCUAUUUAACAAUUAGACAACGAAGCCGAGUUGUCUAUGAGCGAGUAGUCAACGAGGCGAAGCCGAGUUGACUAUUUGCUCAUAGACAACGAGGCCGAGUUGUCUAAUUGUUUUAGUAUAAACUUUAACAUUAAUUUACAACUAGGCUGCAAGCACAAUACAAAAAUACACAAAAAAAAACAUUAUAAAACCAUUAAAGGUAAACAAAUAUUUUAGUUUUUGUUUGCGUAAAAUGUUUUACAAAAUUCAGUUUUAAUUUUAAAAUUUCAUUGAGUGUAUGUUAUUUUGUCUAUUUUCUUACCCUUAAAAAUUGCCAUUCCAUAUUUUUGUUGCUUUUUCGGAGUUUUUUAGUACAGAAUUGUUCAACAAGUCGUCCAAAAAAAUCAUCAGACACUUCGGCAAAAGUGCAAAAUGCGAAUUUUCAGCCAUUUUGAAUUUUCUAUUAGUAGGCUAUCACUAAUAGCCUACUAGUAGCGUAGCCAAUCAGAAGCCACGAUAUGUGAUAGCCUACUAGUAGGUUUAUACUAAAAUAUAUUGUUCUGCGUGUUUCCACAUUUCGUUUUCGUCUUUCUAUUGCACACGACACAACGCUGAAUAUGAUUUUUCAUAUUCAACAUUGUGAACUCACUUCGUUGAAUAUUAUUUCAAAAAUAAAGAACUAUAAUUUCAGUUAUAGACAACGUCGAGAAAGCAGUGGUAAAUGUUCUAAUUCAAAUGCUCAUGCACGUAUGCAGUUUUAAUUAGAGAAAAUGUACGUUUAAUUAAUGAAAUACAAAUAAUGAAACAUACAACUUGUCAUCAAAAAUAAAAAUUAGAAAGAGAGUUAAACGGCAGUUCAAACAUUGUCUCUUGGCUCAAUUCUGCCAAGUAUAGAUAAAAUAAAAAGUUUCGAGCGCAAUUUGCACGAGUUUUAAGGAUAGGUAUUAUUAUAUUGAGUUUCUCUGCACUCAUUUGCGACCGGAUUUCCCAAUGAUAGGGGAUCCGAGGUACCAAUAUUUUAACGUCUUUAUACCAUUUACUGAUGCCAGAGGAAAGGUUGCACUUUCUCCUCAAUUAUUUUAAGACCUUGAGUGGUGGUCAGAACAAGGAUUGAAUCCCGGUCUCCCAGUUUGAAAAGCAUGCAAGCGUGGUAACCACGGCACCACAAGAGCUGGCUAUACCACAAUGGUUACAUACUUUAUCAUUUAAAACGCAUACGAGUACGUCAUCUUCUCAUUAUGUUGCAGACGCCGCAUAAUAUUUAUUUGACUGACAUCUAUUUUUACGCUUCCUUGAGCACUGGUAUAGACUAAGUCUUGUUCUGGACCUUAUAUUGGACAAAGAUUUUUCCAAAGGAAAUAAUGUAUAGGAUUAAUUUAAGGAGUCAUAAUCAUAUGUUUAAUAUAUGGGAGAACAAAGCUAAAUAAAAGAAUUUUAUGUUGAAUGCUCUUUAGUCUUCCCCGAGGUAAGCCUAGUUCACACGAACUCCUUAAGUGAUCUUGCAAUCAGGAGUACAUGUAUCAAUGGCAAAGCAGAAAGAAGGUUAGAAAUCUUUUGAGAGGUGGAAUUUGUUUCAAAGAUUUUAUUCAUGGGUUGUUUGUACUGUCUUCUGAUGAUCAUCACUCCAUGGUAUGAAUGAAAAUAAUUUUUUUAUGUCAGAUAUUUUUUCAAUGGUUAUGCUAUUGUACAUGUGAACAUGCAUGCAUGCAUCCUUUAUUCCAUUUUCUAGGCACAUAUUAGUGCUGGAUUCUCUCACUCGCGACUUAUCAACAAGGACAGAAGAACUUUCUUUUGUCACAAGGUAAUGCUUUCUCAAUGUUAGUAUAUUAUAUUGCUAUUACAUUACAUAGAACAUUCAGUUAUUCACUGUCUAUGAUAAUUGUAUUAUUCAUGUCUUAACUAUACAUGUUCCUUAAACAAUAUUGAAAAGAAACAUACAAAUCUUCAACAAGCAAUUUUGAAGGUACAGUACAUAGAUCACAUUAACCCAUUGAGUCGCAUUACACCCUGAUGUGUCCUACUUUAUUAUUUUACUCUGUGGCUAACGCCAGAUUAUUUUACCCUAUCUAACACCAAACAAUUUUACUCAUCAAGGGGAGAGCGCUGGCGCUUAAUGGGUUAAUAAAACAACAUUAGUUCACAUGGGUGAUUUGUUUGUUGUUUUAGUUAAUUUAUUAACCUAUGUGACCCAAUGUGUUCUGCUUUGUUAUUUUAAUCUAUCUAAUGCUAGGAAAUAUUAUUUGUCAAGAAAAGAGUAUUUGCAAUCAAUGGGUUAAUAUCUGUUAUUCAGGUUCCUUUACAACAACCUGGAAGCAAUGAUUGUGGUAUUUUUAUAUCAUUAUUUCUGAAACACUUUUUUGAGGUUAUGUUUGAGUGUUAACAUUAAUACAACCCUAUACGUUAAUUAUCAUUAAAAAAACCACUGUAAUGUACACCCUAUUGUACUGUACUGUGUUUUUAUUUUACCAAAUUUGAAUGUCUAACACCAGGUGAUUUUUUCUUAGGACCUUGACAUAUAUGAGGCAGACCCAACUUCAUAUACAGGGUGUAUAAAAAAAAACUGAACAGAUUUGAAAUUGCUCUCAAUUUCGCAAAACACCUAUUUGUAUCCGUUUUUUAUACUAAUAUAGCUUCUUUGUGUACUUAUAAUGUAGAAUAAUGAAAACAAUUUCUUGAACUCAAAUUUUGUGAACCAGGGGAGUGUGUCUUUUCCAACAAAUUAAAAAUGGCUCGCGCACAAAAUUUAAAAGUUGUAAUCAUAUUUUGAGUUGAUAGAUGGAAAAUUUGUCGGGUUUUUAAUUACUGUACAAAAUUUCAGGCAAUUUAGUACAUGCAAAGUUACAUUUUUCCUAAAAAUCAGCUAUUUGCAUGCUUAAUUAAUGCCUUUGCCUAAUUUGCAUAUGUUAGCAAUAUGCAAAUUAGGUAAAGCAUUAAUUAAGCAUGAGAAAGGCUGAAUUUUUAGAACAAAAUGAAUAGUUAAAGGGCUUAAACUCAACCAAAUUGUCUGAAAUUUUGUACAGUAAUUAAAAACCCGACAAAGUUUCCAUCUAUUAACUCAAAAUAUGAUUACAACUUUUAAAUUUUGUGCGCGAGCCAUUUUUAGUUUGUUGGAAAAGACACCCCCCCUGGUUCACAAAAUUUGAGUUUGAGAAUUUUUUUUCAUUAUUCUACAUUAUAAGUACCCAAAGAAGCUAUAUAUAUAAAAAACCGGAUGCAAAUAGGUGUUUUGCGAAAUUGAGAGCAAUUUCAAAUCUGUUCAGUUUUUUUUUAUACACCCUGUAUAGAGACAGAUCACAAAUGGUUUACAUCCAGUCUGGCACAGGAAAAAAGAACAAAUGAAAAGAGGAGAUGGAAAAUAUUGUAUGAUAUGCAUCGCAUUAUAAACAUUCAUAAAUAAAUAGACUUUACUGUUUAUGCCCCAAUAGCCUCACUUUCAUGUGAUUAUUUCCUCAUAGGGUAAUGGAUAGGCUUGCCACACUGGGAUGAAGGUCAAAUAAAUGCUGUAUAUUCCUUCCAUGUGCACCUGCCAUGCUAAAACAGUCAGACGCAAAAAUGAGGCCAUUUAAGCAAAAGUGCAAUGAACAGUAAAGUCUGUUAUUUGGCAAUAUUUUUGCAGCAAGAGUUAGACAGGGUUCGAGAACCCUGAGCAAAAUAUUGGUCAGUGAAGAUAUAUUGGUCAAUAUCAGAUUGAAAUUAUAUUGUAAAUUAUGACAUUUUGAUGCUCUGGAACAGGUUUAUAAAUUAUUAUUCAACUUUAAUUAUGCUUCGUUGUAAAUUCACAAUAGGAGCACAAACUCUAACAAUAGAUGUAAUAUAAGAUUUUAAUGUCAACGGAAUAACUCCACGCAACACACUGAAGCAUUUUAUUUUCCGGAUGAUUCUUUCCACAUGUACUUUUGAGUUUGCCAUCCGUCUUGUUGCUGUUGAUGCAUGUGCCUGAAAUAUUCUUACUUGACUAGAUUGGGGGGAUGGGGGGGGGGGCUAUGAGAAAUGCAUUUUUGUUUGCCAACAAAUCUUGAAUUUUAAAUCCUUUGUCAGCCAUUAUAGCAUCUCCGGGCUCUAUGGAAUCGAGGAAGCCACUUUUUCGAACCGCAAUUUCUUUAUCACUUAUAUAUUGAACCAGUAUAUAAUUUUGACACAAAGUUAAAAUGGCAUAUUGGUGACAUUGAUACCAAUAGCUUUAAUGUGUUAUAUGAUUUGUACUGGCUAACAUGAUGUGCGGCGCUGACUGGAUGGAUGGACGGCUUUUCAAUGCACAGUUCUGUACAAUCUAUAAUGUUUCUUACAUUAAAACAUUUGGCAUUUCUGAAAACCAUUGGACGUCUUACUCCUUUCAUAUCAGUUAAUGUUGAGAAGCCAUGUAAGAAUUCGAGUUCUUUUUCUAAAAGUAGAACCCAGGUUAUAGAAAUCUUACUGCCAGAUCCAACAGAUAUAUACCAAAAGUGGAACACAAUAAAGCUAAAGUAGGCCAUCUCCGUAGCCGAACCAGUGUGAAAAUCAGUUGUUCCCUUAUGGUAAGACUUGCAGUCUUCAGCCUUUGCUGAAAAGUGAAACUGCAGAAAUUUAAAGCAUUAAUAUUUGUUAGGUUGUCUGCUUUCUAGAAAGGAAUUACCACCCAGAUAAUUUUAUUCGCUAGCAGGACUUGCAGGUCAUGGUGGAAUAUGCUGCAUGGAAGUGGCAUAUUGUUUACAAAGCUAGCCCAUCUAUAGAGCCCUGGAAACCCGUAACUACUUCGAUUCCAUUUUGCCAUUGUCUGUUUAGAAACAGAUCAUGAUGAUGGCUUAACCCUCCAAGUGGCAAUGCACCCUACUCUAAAUUAGUAUUUUAAUUACUCUGCUAUACCUGCACGCUUUCGUCCUUUUUAGAGCAAAUGCGGUUUUGUUCUGAACUUUCUGUCAUGUCUUCUCCCAAUAACAACAGACUUUCGACGGAUGCUACUAUUUCCUCCUUUGGCGCGUUUCCAAUGUUGAGUCAUAUGAGUUCGAAUUGAAUAUGUAUAAAGUUGUUGCUCGGAAGCGCAAGUUAAAUAUAACAAUCAAUCAAUCAAUCAAUCAAUCAAUUUAUUGAGCACCAUUAUUUCAAAAAAAAAUAUUUACAUUAAAUAUUUGGAUCCUGAUAUGGGUGCAAGCUAGCAGCAGUAACCAUUAGGUUAAACGAGGCAGCUAGCUUAAUAAAUAAUAUAUUUCCAUUUCCAAUUAAUCUUAAUUAAAGCACAGAAGUAUAACUUGAAGGUCAAAAAUUGUUCAUAUAUAAAUAAGUAAUUCACUAUUACUAGUACCUUGCUUAUAACUAUUCAAAAAAAGAGAAAAAACAAAAGGAAGAGAAAAAAAGAAAAUCUUGUUCAAAUAUAAUUGCAUGUAAUUAUUAAUUUGUAUUUUUAAUUUUCUUUUGUUAGUUUUGACAAUCAUUCCUUGUAUUUUUGCAGUAGGAAUUUUUUAACUUCAGCUUUGAAUUUUGAUGGUUUAAGUUUCUUUAUUUCAUCAUUAAUUUCAUUCUAUACCUUUACGCCAGUAAUAUACAAAGCGUAUAUUAAAUUUCCCAUACGACAAACCUUUUCGACAAACCUUUUCGACAAACCCAUACGACAAACCUUUCGACAAACCUUUUCUUUGCUUUUUAUAGCUGAUAUGUUAUCAGGAUGUUGAGGAGUUGGCCUAUUUUAUUUAAUAUACAAAGCGUAUAUUAAAUUUCCCAUACGACAAACCUUUUCGACAAACCUUUUCGACAAACCCAUACGACAAACCUUUCGACAAACCUUUUCUUUGCUUUUUAUAGCUGAUAUGUUAUCAGGAUGUUGAGGAGUUGGCCUAUUUUCGCCGACAAAGUGCAAGCAACAUAUGUAGCUGUCUUUCUUGCACACGAAUGAAUCUCCGCGAUGACACGCAAUAAUCCAUCGCUUCCUUCUUUCUGCCGUUUCUUUCCGGCGUUUUGGAGCUGGAAAACGAUAUUAGAAAGUAACAGGAUCGCCAUUCUUGUUCUUUAUUUGUAAAUGUUGGUAGCGAGAAUCAUUUUUGCAAGUUCCCCAAGCACAUCGCUUUACCAGUUUCCUAUAUACAGGUGUAUGUACCACAGAAUACCGUACAACCGUACUUUACAUGUUCCAUAUCUUUUGUCAGAUGCAUAUAACAUAGCCUGUUAAAUAUUUUUUAGUAUAGCUUUUCAUUAUUUUUUUCUUCCAAUGGGGUCUUGGGGUUAGAUUUAGCAGAUUCUAUUAUUUUAUAGAUCGGACAUUCUGUGGAUAAAAUCCUAAUGUACCACAGAAUACCAGUGCGGCAAUAAGUAAGGAACGGUUUUAAUUAUCAAAUUGUAUCAGGAUUUGGUGUGCCAUGUUGUGUGAUAACACUGCAUAGAUAUUGCUAACUUAAUUUUUAAGAAUUUUAUGAAAAUAUCCAUUUUACGUUUUUUUAUGACCAUUGAGACUAAAACUAAUAUAUAUAUUCACAAAAAUAAAGUAUAUAGCAUGUUUCCUACAAAUUUUAUAACAAAAAUAAAAAAAAACUGUUGUUCUGUGGUACUGUGAUAUUCUGUGGUACAUACAUGCACCUGUAAUAUUUAUACAAGCAUGCCUCGCAAAGUGUCCGCAUUUCGCGAUUUUUGACCACGUGAUACUACACGUGUUUCUAGAUCUGAAGACGCAGAUUGAAUUGAGGAAUCGGGUUUCUGUUUCGGUGAACUCGGAACUGACACGUUCCCAGUCGCUCGCGUUGGAUGAUGGGAAUGGGCGGCGCGUCUUUCAAUGCCUAACCAGCGAACGGGCAUAUUUCCCCAUAUGAUUUUCCCGUACAAACUCAAAUGUAGGGAGGGACUGUGGAAGAGUCAGAACUCGGAACAUUAAAUAUUAAAAAUGGCGAGGAUAGGGAUUAAAGAGAGGCAUUGCAUGGGAUCUCCACCAAUGGCCUCAGUUGAGGUAGGGUUUGCCAUAACUGUCGAUGGUAUUGUUGACCCCGGGUUGCCCUGCGAACAAAGCCGAAAUACUCCCGCCAAUAUUUUGUACGGCGAAAGCAUUAAUCUGAAGAGUUCUGUUCUGAUAAUGACGCCGAAAAAAAGGAAAUUAUUUUCAUUAUUUUUUUCACACGGCCUUUCUAACCUGCACUUAUAUUUCUAUUCGCACGGCUUUUCCAUGACUGACAUCUAUUUUUACGCUGCAUAGAGAAUACUGAUAUAUGCAGCAUGUAUGUAGUCUCUACAUUCAGAUGCCAAUUUUGCCGGCAUAUGAACCUCUUGUUCUGGACAUUAUAUUUGGUGAAAGAUUUUUUCAAAGGAAAUACUAUAUAGAAGUUAGAGCUCCUAGGCAUAUGCCUGGUUAAUGUAUGGGAAAAUAAAGUGAAAUAAUUUUAUGUUGAAUGUCCUUUUGUCUUCCCAGGUUAACCUGACGCCCAUAUUCUAAAAUCCCACUCACACUCACACUCACACUCAGUGAGUGGAAGUUCAAUCUGAGCUUCUCUCGAGUGUCAUUGCUGUUUUUGAAUAGCUGGAAGGUUAGUGCCGUACCUUACUAUGUGACUACUCACCCUCCAGUUUGAUUCAAAAACAGCAUUAACAUUCAAGAGAAGCUCCGAUUGGACCUCCACUCAUUGUGAGUAAGCUUUUAAAAUACAAGCAUGCAGGUGUGAGUCUCGUUGAGCAUUCACACGAAUGCGUUAAUUAAUUAAAGUAAAAUCAGGAAUACAGACAUCAAAGGCAAAGCCGAAAAAACGUUUUAAAAUAAUUUGAAAUGGGGAUUUGUUUCAAAGCUUUUAUUUGUGGGUAUAGCUUCUACUUCCUAUUGCUUGCAUAUAUUCACACCAGGAUAGCAAGUAGCAACUGGCCUUCACACGCAGCGAGAAGUUCGGCCUCAGUCGUAAGCACUUAGCAGUCCACGAUUUAAAUAUUUAAAUAAUUCAUUUCGUAAACUCACAUGGUUUUCACUAACGUCAGAGUCAUUUAAGCGAAAGCUGUUUUCUUCUUUGUGUAGUCGUAGAUGAGAACAAACGGCUGCAACGUUUUGAAGCAAUGUGGGCGCAUUCAAAUGGCCAGCGGAUAUGCUCUGUUUAAAAAAACCCGGUUAUAUAACUGGCUACAACCAGUUUAUUUAUCUAAACAAAACUUCCUAUGAUCGGAAACUUCUGUUCGCAAUGUAAAUCAACAUCAGCAGGAAGUUGUAUGUCCUAGAUAUCUACGAGAGAGAUCUUUACCUCAUUCUAGGUAUGUUCUAAUCUAUGCAUUUUUAUGUGUAUUUUAGCUUAUAAUAGUAAUGCAAACAGAGUACUGAUAUCAAGUCUAUAUACAUGUAGACGUCAUGACGUAUGAAGCUUUAGUCAGUUCUGAGUGUAUGUUUGAAAAAGGUUUUUUAAAGGAAAUAUAGAGAAUACAGGAAUAACAUACCUAUAAUCAUAUGGUUACUUUAUGGGAGAAUAAAGUGAAAUGAAAGCUUUUAAUUAAGCUUAAAAACCUUAUUCACACGAAUUCGAAGUAAAUCCAGCAAUAAUAUAUAUAUAUAUAUAUAUAUAUAUAUAUAUAUAUAUAUAUAUAUAUAUAUAUAUAUAUAUAUAUAUAUAUAUAUAUAUAUAUAGACGUCAAAAGCAACGCAGAAAUUUUUUUUUGAAAUCCUUUGAAAUGGUCAAUUUCUAAGUUCGUUUAUGUCCAGGUAACUUCCACUUCCUUUUGCUUGUUUAAAAGCCUAGUAUGGGAUGGAAAACUUGCCUAACCCUCUGUCGUGGCGAAAAAUAAACUUUAGAAAUUCAUAGUGUAGUCCUUACUACGUCACCAUUUCUCGGCCAAAUACGCAGAUGCAUAUGGGGUUACGUCAGGACACAAAUUUGCAUGGCUAGUAACGUUUGUUUAUGUACCCAAUUCACAACUUCAGACAAGUCAUAUGCUUCGUUACUAUUGAGGUUUUAGAACCAAAUAUAACUAAGCUUUAAAAUGAUCUAGAUGAGUGAAUGACCUUUUACAUAAUUCUAAUAAUGCUUAUAGCCUAUAUAUAGUUACAUGCAUUGUUCUAUAUUAUAUGUUUCUGUGAACUAGAACAAUAGUCACUAUAAAUAGCUAGGGCAUAGAGUUAUCUAAAGAUGUGUAUAGUAACGGUGUAAACAACGUUAUAGGAGUCUGUCUAGUCUGUCUGUUCCCGGAUGAAAUGUUCAAAUUAUUCAUUCCGUAAACUGCCUUGCUUUCAAGGGAGGAAAGCACAUGCAGCUGUUUCCUUCUUUAAUUAACUUGAGAACAAAGUUGAAGGGUUUAUAUAGUGUUCAAUAUAUUUUUAUCAGUGCCAGCUUUGCAUAAUAUGCAGCCUCUUCAUGUUUAUGCGUAGUUCAAUACAUAUUUUCCUCUCAUGCAGCUCAUUAUUAAUAUUGAAGUUUAUUUUUAUAUCAGUAUAUUCUUUUGUUUCGCCUUAAGCUUACGCGCUUGAUGGUCUGUCUUAAUGCUAGUGCUUAUGUCACAGCGACGUUUAUAGUCUGCACAGCUUAUGUCGCACACUUCAGUACUUCACUGCAUCUUUUUCCCACUUAUUAUCCUCCGCAUAUUUUCCUGUUAGCGCCUAUCUAACCUGGAACACGGGUCACAUGGCUCACCAUUAGUCUUCCUUUUGUGUACACAUUUUCGUGUACAAAUUUUCGUCUUCUUUCUGUGUACACAUGCAUGACUUUAGUCUUUAGUUUAGUAUAGACCUACUGUCAUUUCGUAUGCUAGUUGUUGUAAGUAGCUAUAUAGAUUUAAAACUUGCGGUAUACAUGCAUAGUGGCAAUUGGUCGCUCUUCUUAUUUUUUCCUUAAUAGUUUUAAUUAAUAUCCAUCUUUGGCAUAGAAAUACAAUGGAUUUACAAUGUAAAAUAUUUAAAUACAUAUAUAUGUAUAAGCCUAUAAUGGAAGGUGUAAAAAUGCAGUUAAAGUUGAAAAACAAUUUAAAUACAAUAUAAAGCAUAUAAAGCAUCACAGACCGUAGAGUAAUAAACUCUAAAAGCAAAGUCGACUCAGUUUUUCGCCAUCUUUAUCGUGACGUUUGGAGGAAAAGUUUAAUAAAAGUACAUUUCCAAAACGACAGAACACUGAGCUUGUCAACUGGAACAAGCUAGCAGAGCUCGUCAACUGCAAUAAAAUGUACUUAAGACUGCAAAUAUAUUUAACACUAAUGCAAAACCUGCUCUGUUUUCGACUUUUAACAUAUUAAUAUCUGAAAAUAUGUUGUUACUGUUUUAUCUUUGUCAAAAACAUUUACAGAAAUGUCAAAUUGCGCGUUAUUAAAUGGUCAAAUAAACUCUAGUAGAAAUUGUAAGCAAAUCUAAUUUUCGACAUUGUCUUUGUAUAUUACCGAAAUCAGUAUCGAGUGUCUAUUUCGGAAGUUGAAAAGACAGUCAGAAGCCAGUAGUAAUGUUCAUGUUUUAUGACGUCACGGUGAAGGAAUGCAGCGUGGAACUUGUAUGUUAUUUUACUUAUUAGUAACUUUAUUGAGUUUGAAAAAUUGCCAAAGGCUCUUUUCCAUAAAAAUUUUCAGAAUUAAAUUAAAUUAAAUUCAUUUUCGCUUGUGUCGCUUCUAACCACUCUUAUUAGGCUGUCCUUUGGCGUGUUCACAGCUCACUAACUUCACUUUCCACGCUGCAUUCCUUCACCAUGACAUCCACAUGAACGUAUCUACUGGCUGCAGACUAUCUUUUCAACUUCCGGAAAAGACAUGCACUCUACUGAUUUCCGUAAUAUGGACCGAGCCGUAUAGGCGAGGUCUAUAUAAAAACAAAAAAGAACGAGAUUAUAAAUGUUCUGCUGUCCCGACCGAACAAGCUCAGUCGGCCAGUUCCGCUUAGAAACCAAUCAAAAUUCUCCAUUUUGCAGAUGGACCUCCUUGCAAUAUAGUAAGAAGCAUUAAUUAUGAGCAUAUAAUUUAAGAGAGGAAUAAUUUAUGGGUAUAUAUAUAUAUAUAUAUAUAUAUACCACUGAUCCAAAAAUACUGGUAUAUACAGGUAAACAAGUGUCUUCGGAAAUCUGACUGAAUCAAUAGAGGGUGGGGCUAAAUAGAAAGGGGGGCUUGUUUUAUUCCCCACUUCUGGUCUGAAGGUUCAGUAGAAGGAGUAGCUUAAGUAGAGGCUGUGAACUAAACAGUGGAAAUACUGUAGUAGGUUUUUCAAAUAUUAAUUUCUUAAGGUGUAAGUAUCUUCUGCACUGGCAAUGUUUCUAAGAAUAUUUCACGCUUUUUAUUUCAUACGUAAAUACACUCCACUUAGUACAAUUAUCUUUAUCAGUAAGUUAGCUCAUUUCACUUGCGGCGCGGAUCACCAAAAAUUACCGUUGUAUUAUUGUAUCAAAUUAAAAUUAAAAUUAAACAUUUUCAUAUUUCCUUCCUAGCAAUCAUGAACGCAACGUUGGUUCCAAGUUUGUCUUCACCAAGUCUUCGAGACGCAGAAACGACAAACACGUCAGAACAUAUACAUGUAACCAUAAGAAUCUGGGUUACCGUUCUUUUAACAGUCAUCAUCGUUCUAACAAUUUUAGGCAACGUACUUGUCUGUUUGGCUUUCUAUCGUCGACCGCACUUAAGAGGCGUUUCCUAUUAUCCAAUAGUUAGCCUAGCACUGGCCGAUAUUUUAUGCGGUAUUAGCGCAAUGCCAGCGUACAUUGCCAAGAAGCACACUGCUGGUGGUGAUAAAGAACGUAUUACAUGUGAUGUGUUUCGUUUUACAUAUUUCUUUUCCAUGUAUGCCUCCAUAUUGAGUGUAACCGUAGUAAGCCUGAAGAGAUUCAUAGCAAUUAAAAUGCCAAUCUGGUAUAGAACGUUGUUAACUAAACGAAAGAUGAUCACCGCGCUUAUGCUCUCCUGGCUCGAUGCCGCACUAGUGUCCAUGCUUCCAUUCGUUUGGCGGCGUGAAAACACCGACGAACUAUGUACCUACCGACCUUCAAAAGAAUGGAGCAUGAUGGUUAUUUUACUAAAUGUGUGUUUGCCAUUUGUUAUCAUGUUUUCCUGCCACUUCUACACAUUUCACUUUACUAUUCGACUUUUCCGCGCGAAACAUCGAACGAAAACUACAGAUACAGCAGUUGAUGCCGGUAGACGAAAUACAAUCGAUGGAAUUUCCGCUGAGAAUAACGAGGCUAUUUUGGCAAAGCGAGAACGAGAUCUUAUGUGUACGAUGGCGAUCGUCCUGGGAGCUUUUAUUGUGUGUUGGGCACCUUCAACUUUGUAUUAUUUUCUUCACAUGGUUUGUCCACACUGUUACCGACCGUCAUUUAAACAGGUUGAACCUGUUUUCAAUGCAGUUGUGAAAUUGCUAACAUUCGUGAAUUCCUGUUUAAAUCCGAUUAUUUAUUGUUUGUUGAACAAACAUUUGAGAGAAGAAAUUUAUCUGUCGCUUUUGAAAAAGUCAGAGGCAAGAAGGAGAAAGUUCAAACAGUCCAAAGAGAUAAAUAGAAUUGACGCAAAGGAAGAGACUUAG